GUAGUUUUCCAGAAAUCCGCUAGGGGGCAGUAGGGCAGUUUUUAGCGGUGUUUUACUUCUUCCCAUUUUCCGGGGAGUUAAAGUGAAACUGCAGCUGCUUCCUUGUUUGCAUCGCUUUAUUUUCUACAGAUUAAUCACCGCUGUUCGGGAUGUCGGCUGUAAAGAUGAGCGAGGGCAGUGUGGAGGUGGAAAGCUGCAAAGCUCCACUUUUCUACAGACAAAGCGAGCCGGCCGAGGGAGAAGCAAAGAUGUCGGUUCUUCUCCUUCACGGUAUUCGUUUCUCAUCGGAGAACUGGCUCAACAUCGGCACUCUGGAGACGCUGGCCAAAGCUGGCUGCCGAGCGGUCGCCCUCGACCUGCCAGAACUCGGUCGGUCCAAAUCGGCCAAAGCGCCGGCGUUGGUGGGAGAACCGGCCCCCGCAGCGUUCCUGAAGGAAGUGUGUGAACAGCUGAGUUUGAGCCCUGCCAUAGUGAUCAGCCCGUCACUCAGUGGGAUGUACUCCCUCCCUUUCCUCCUGGAGCAUCAGCCUCUAAUACGAGCCUACGUUCCCAUAGCGCCAAUCUGCACUGAAAAAUUUACAGCAGAACAGUACCGGAGCGUCAAGGUCCCGACGCUGAUCGUUUACGGCGACCAGGACACUCAGCUCGGAGAGGCGUCGCUCCGUAACCUGAGCAAUCUGACGAAUCACAGGGUGGUGGUAAUGAAGGGAGCGGGACAUCCGUGUUACCUUGACGACCCAGACACCUGGCACAAAGCGCUUACCAACUUCCUGGAGACUCUGUGAGGCUCUUCGCUCAAUUUCAAACAAAGAAAUUCCCAGCUAACACACAAAGGACUCAAAGGAGCCAAACAAACAAAUCACUCACAAGACAUUCCUCAUGCACUACAAAACUAUGAUUGCAAAUCAAAUCACUGGAAGGUUUUUAAUGUUCAUUUUAUGUUACAUUUCGAAAGUCAGCGGCUUCUGUGACCACUAAGACAAAUGUCAGAAAUGUGAUAUCUCUACUUUUGCAGUUAAUAGUCUGACCAAAUCAAUGCCCAUUAAUUACUUGCAUGAACUGCUUUGGCUUUUUUUCCCCAUAAUGUUGUCGACCAUUACUGCCCUCUUGUGGACUGUAUCAGUAACUGUAGGAAAGCUUUAACACCUGAACCUGUUUGUAAAUAAACAAAUACCAGCAUGCACAUCUAUUAAAAACCUUGAGAGAUAAAAUUAACACAUAUAAAGUUUGUAAUUAAUUAGUUUUAGUAUCUGAUAUACUAACAGGACUGUUUGAUGGUUGACUGGAAAACAGACCAAACCAAGCUGUAGGUUUGGUUCUGGUCAUUUGACCCCAGUUUCUGUUUCCAUCCUCAAAUUACGUUUUAUUUACUUACAUGAGCUCCUACUGCUGCACUUUGCAUCACACCUGAAACCGAGGCAAUGUAAAGAAUAUCUUACCAGAUCUAUGGAGACAAAAGACCGGAUUGUUGCUUUAUGAUCCAAACUCAUAUUUUUAGAUUUAAGUAAAUUUUGCAUUUAAUUUGGAAACUGAAGUCCCAGAGUUUGUGCCAAAAGAGGCACAUAAUCCAUGUUUCUGGAGAUCUUCUGUGACGAUUUAGGAAGCCCUCUGCUGGUAUUGGCCCACUGUAAGGAAAAUACCUGGACAUGUCAGAGCACAACAUUCUCGUCUGCUGACGAGCUUUAUGCAGAUGCUGAUUUUAAUUUCCUGCAGGAUUUGACACCUGCCCACACUACCAAAAGUACCAAUGCUUAGUACUUAAUGGCCAUGUUAUCGCUGUAGUUGAUUUGACAGCAAACAUGUACUUUAAAAGUUCCUUGAAUUCACCUGAAUAAAAUGAUUAGGUCAUCAACAA